UGGAGGCGAACCGAUCGUACGGAUGAGUCACUCUGGAUAGGCCAGUAGACUAGACUCUCAUAUUGAUGCGUGCGAUGCCAACUCUGAAGUAAAUGUACUGUACAUGUAACAGUGUGGUCGAAGGUGACCCCCUUCUCCUACUCUCAUGUGGCAUGGUAUUAUAUGUAUUGAUGAUGUGAUAUAUAUUUUGUUGCCCAAGCGAAUUUAUACCCGUUUGGAUUCAGGCACUUGUGUUACACAAGGUGGGUAUAGAAGGCGCGACAAAAUUGGUGGAGAUGAUCUGAGAUUUUAGAUGAUGGGAAGCCAGAUUAAGUUUGGCUAUUCCAUCUGUAGAUCACUUUGAAGGGCCUUGUAGCGGAGAUUGUCAAAUUAAGUUUUGAAUUGUUUGAGCUCAAGGUACCCGGUUGGCGUAUUUUCUUUUGAAAAUACGUACGAAAUUAAUUAUUAUUACUUUCACAGCAUGCGACGAGUUUAUUAAAGAAUUAAAACGGAAUGUUGUUUCAAUCCCGUAGUACUAAUUUAACCUUUAUUUCGUUUUUGUGGUAAAAGGGUGCACCCUAGGCUAGAUUAAGUAUUGGGCUACAUUAAAAUAUUACCUAACUGUUAUGAUUAUACACUCGAUCGUUGUUGUGUAAUUGUUAUUUUAAGAUAUAUUCAUAAGGUAUUUUUGUUAUGUUGGCUAUCAUACCUUUUAUAUAGAUGGUAUUAGAUAAUUGUUCCUUUUUUACCUUAUCUAUGUCCUUAAGCGUACGUUCGGAUUUCAUCAUUUUAUUUUUAGUGAUAGACGAACGAGCGUGGUAUAGAAUGUCAGAUGAAGGGUAACUAUAAAUUACCUUUUAUCCAAUAGAUUACUUAUGGUAAUUUAUAUUUCUUAUUCGCGUUUAAUGAGAUUUACUAUUUGGUAAAUUUACCGGUAAGUCAAACAAUCUUCCGGACAUGAAUGAGAAUCGGAACGCACCACUGCACACUGGCAAUCCUAGCAAGACCCAACGUCAAGAAAAAAAACAACGAGGAAAAAACAGAAAUUUCGCGGUAUUCAAAGUUACUCGAGCGACUUGAGCGAGUGGCGUCUUCAAGUUUCUUGCUUAAGCUUAUCAUUAAGUGUAUUAGGCAGUUGAUAAAUCACAGUGUUGUGGGGAUUGCGGUCUCAGUUCUGGUACAGGGAAUCAUUUCCAAAGCGAGUUGCAGCACAAUUGCAGCUGCACCAAGAAGCAGGGAAUGUACCUGGCCGGUUCGAGACGUGUUUUGUGAUACGUAGCAUACGCGUGUUCAUUCCACCGCCCGGAACGAAAAAAAAGAAUAAGUUGUUUACUUGUACGGCAGCACGGUUUCCUGGGUGAGUUUAAACCAUGAAUACGUAAAGAUGUAUGUUAUUUGUUGGGAACAUUCGACGUGAAAUCCCUGGAAAAAACAACAUUAGGCUGAAGAAAGUAAUGGGAAGCACGGUAGUGCCUCCGCCAAGACGAAUACUACCUACAUUUUUGAAUUACAUAGUAUUUUGUAGAAUUCCGGCGUUGAGUAGCCGCGGAUAUCGCCAUAAUGGUUAUUUAUACGCCAAACUAGUGUAGGCUAACUAACUCUGUUAAUUAUUUUCAGCUGGCAUCAUGGCAAGUUUAUACAGUCGGGUUAAGCUGCGCCAUGAAAAGUUACUAACGGUGACUGCGGACUCUCAGGCCCUCUGGGAGCAAUUGCAAGCAGACGGAGUUGUCAGUGAAGACAAGUUCACGGCACUCCACUUAAAAUUGAAACAGUGCUUGGGGACCUUUGAGAAGGAGAUAUUUCAAUAUUUAAGUGUGGUGCCGGAUGCAGACGUGGUUAGCAUGACACAGGAUCAACUCAAGGCCGAAGAUAUAUUGACAGAACUGGAAAUUGCAUGGCAGAUUAACAAGAGGCGAAGUGGAGCUGUCAAUAAGUCAAAGCUACCCGAGUUGAGCCUGCCAACCUUCUCCGGCGAUAAGCUGAAAUGGUGCGAAUUUUGGGACCGAUUUGCUGCCAAUGUAGACCAGAGACAGUUACAGGAAUCAGAGAAACUUAUGUACCUCCUGAGCUGCCUAAAAGGUGCAGCUCUUGAAACAGUUUCAGGAAUGGCAGCUACCAACGCAAACUACUCGGUUGCAGUGGAUACUUUGAAGCAACGUUAUGGGUCAACUGACACUUUAAUAGACGCACAUUAUACAGCACUCAACCAACUUCAAAAGGCAGACCAUACUAGUGCCAGCUGCCGGAGUGUUCUGGAUAGUGUUGAGCGAAAUCUCAGGGUGUUGGAGAAGCUCGGGGAACCAGUUGGAGGCAACCACUUAAGAGCGCUGGUAUUAUCAAAGUUCCCAGAAAGGGUGAUCCAUGAGCACCACCUCAUAGGUGAAGGUACUGACUUGAAGGCCAUCAGAAAUAAUUUAGACCGCAUAAUCACGGCAAUGGAGAAGUCAGCAGCUACAGUAGUACAAACUCCAGAGACCAUUGCCGUGCCUGGUAGUAGCACAACUGAGGCACUGCAAGUCCGUACAGAGGUAAGGUCUUUGAGUAGCCGGAAGCGGAAACAUGCGGGAAAUGCUGGUGCAGGUGCACCACCUUCAAAGCGACCAAAAAGGGCAUGCUUGUUUUGCAAUCUGAAAGGACAUGCUAGCAGGGACUGUCGGAAAUACAGUACAGUUGAAGCUCGUCAGAAGCAAGUGACAGGAAGGUGUCUACACUGCCUUCGACGCAAUCAUACAACAUCAUCCUGCAAGCGCAAGAUUGCUUGCUUCCGCUGUAAAGGAGACCACCUGCUCAUAUUCUGUCCCAAUCCGGCCUCAGAUGGUGAGGAACAUGAUAUUUUAGAGAAGCACUCUUUAAAAUCCUUGUGUGCUACUUCUAACAAACACACCUUUUUGCAGACCGCAGUGGCAACUCUUCAAAAUCCUCUAACUAAGAAAAGUAGCAAAGGCAGAAUCUUCUUAGACUGCGGUAGUCAGCGGAGUUACAUUACUCUAGCAGCUGCAAAAAAGUUAGGCCUGCCUACCCUCCAGGAAGACCUGCUACUCAUAUUCACCUUCGGAGCUUCUGAACCUCGGGAGACGUCGACCCCCUCAACAACAGUCAACAUCCUGACGAAACGCAAUGUCACCAAGCAGUUUACGGUGAACGUCGUACCAAGAAUCACAGACAGAGUUCCGGUGACAUCCUUCAAGUAUCCUGGAGUCGAUAUUGUUGCUGAUGAUGAGACAGUUGGAGAGGUUGUUGAUGUACUCAUCGGAAAUGAUUUCUUUGGUGCUAUCCUCAGAGAAAGAAAGAUCCAGGUGUCGGAAGAUUUUUGGUUAUUGGAUACUGAUUUUGGAUGGGUGCCUACAGGGAAGCUUACAUCUGAAGAAAGAAGCGAGGUCCUCUCAGUGGUCACAUAUUGUCAGUGUCACACUCCUAGCUGUCCGUAUUUCAGUGAGCCAGAUCUGCCUUUAAGAAACAUAGAUGUAAGGUUCUUAUGGUCAUUAGAGAACCUAGGGAUCACAGACUCACCAAAGGCUACGAGACAAGAAGAAGCAGUUCGUCACUUCAAUGAGACUGUGCAAUAUCAGGAAGGCCGGUACUUAGUAAAAUGGCCCUGGAUUGAGUACCCACCAGAAUUGCCAUCAAAUUUUGGAUUGGCCUUAGGUCGAUUGAAGAGUAACGUGAAGAGACUGGACUUGCAGUUAAUUAAGGAGUACGACUCGAUCUUGAGGGAACAACUGGAUCUAGGAAUUAUAGAAGUCGUUACGAGAGGGUCAGAAUUGAACGGAGACCACCCAAUUCACUACCUCGCCCACCAUAUCGUGAAACAAGAUGGCGCCAAGGGGAGGAUAGUAUACGACGCUAGUGCCAAAAGUACUGGACAGAAAAGCCUCAAUGAGUGCCUUUACAGCGGACCUUCUAUGUUAGAAGACCUAACUGCAUUACUUUUGAAGUUCCGAACAAAGAAGUAUGGCAUACUGGCUGAUGUAGAGAAGGCUUUCCUACAAGUAGCACUUCAAGAGGAUGAUCGCGAUGUCACAAGGUUCCUCUGGUUAAAGGACACGACCAAGGAAGUGACUGAGGAUAACCUACUGUAUCUGAGGUUCUGCAGAGUACCUUUUGGAGUUGUUGCUAGUCCAUUCUUACUGACAGCAACGAUCCGACACUACAUAAGCCAGUCAAACAAGGCCUUGCUGAAACAAGUCGCUGACAAGUGCUAUGUGGAUAACCUAGUGACUGGAGCUGAUACCUUGCAGGAAGCUAAGCAGAUCUAUGACCAAGCAAGAACGGUGUUUGAACAACUGUCUAUGAAUAUGAGGGACUGGAUAUCAAACAAUCAGAGCUUCAUGGAUAUGAUACCAGAACAUCAUAGGUCAGUCAAACAUGGACUGGUCAAAGUGCUUGGACUUAUGUGGAAUGUCGAAGAAGAUACGCUGAAACUGAAUUUGACUGAGGACCACUUCAGCACAGAUCCUCCGAUAAACACAAAGAGAAAAGUUCUUCGGGCUCUAGCACGUGUGUAUGACCCCUGUGGCUUUGUAUGCCCACUCAUGUUGUCAAUGAAGCUGAUCUUCCAGGAUAUCUGUGAAAAGAAAUGUAAAUGGGAUACAGAACUACCUAUGGAGUUGACACAGUCUGUGAAAAUUGUCAUGGAAGGUCUGAAAUCCAUAGUGGACACAGAGGUGCCUAGGUACCUUGGUACAGAUGUCUCAAGGAGUGACCUUAAGUACCACUUGCACUGUUUCACAGAUGCUUCCAAAGACGCUUAUGCUGCCGUUAUCUACCUUAAAGUGAUUGAAGAUGGACAAGGAAAAUCAGUCUCUCUGUUGAUGGCAAAAUCGCACGUGUCACAGACCAAAGACAAGGACGAAUUAAAAAUUCCUAAAUUGGAACUACUAGGAUUUCUGAUAGGAAGCAGACUCCUGAAAUACGUAAGGAACCAUCUUGAUCUUGAUAUUGAGAAAGAAUAUUUGUGGUCAGAUAGUUUGGUUGUACUUAGUUGGAUGAGGUCAAACAAACUGCUUCCACCCUUUGUCGCCAACAGAGUGAACGAAAUCAAGCGUGACCACCCUAACACAGAGAUGUUCUACGUUCACACAAAAGCAAAUCCUGCUGAUAUUGCUACGCGUCCAGAACUGUUUGAAGAGAAAAGGCAACUUUGGUUUAACGGACCAGAGUUUCUCAUUAAUAAAGAAUCCUGCUGGCCCCAAAAUAGACUCUACGAGGCACAUCAGAACCUUCUGUCUGUUGGGGAGGUCCUGGGUGACAACCCAGGUGAGCUGACACAGGAAGUAUCCAUUGGUGAGGUUGCAGACCAGAGUAAGACCCCCGAGCAAGGAAGUCCCAGUGAUCCCGUUGAACCAAUGGAAACCCAGGAUUCGAGCAUACCUACAGAGAGUGGUGAAUAUCAUACUGAUGGAAGCAUGGAACUCGACAAUCCUGCCGAUGAAGGAGGUAUCCAGCAGCAGACCAUUGUGGCCAAAAUAGUGUCCGAGAUAAAAGAUCUACAGAGGAAGCACUUCCAAGAAGAACUAAAUGGCAAAAGAACACAUUUAGCACGAAACUUAGAUCUCUUUGUUGAUGUAGACGGCUUUCUUAGGUGCCGUGGGCGUAUGGCGAACACCACCUGGAGCUAUGACAUGAAGUAUCCGAUACUACUGCCAAAAAAUUCCGAGUUCACUGACAGAAUCAUAAAGGAGACGCAUGAGCGUAACUACCACGUCGGUGCUCCACACACACUGAGUAUCAUCAGGGAACGGUAUUGGAUACCCCAAGGGAAAGCCCAGGUAAUGAAGGUGUUAAAGCGAUGUACCCAGUGUGUAAAACACGGCGGCGGUCCGUAUCGUUUACCAGCCACACCGGCGCUGCCUCCAGAACGAGUAAAUUAUAGCAGACCCUUCACUUUCACUGGUGUGGACUAUCUGGGACCGCUAUUUGUGAGUACCCAGACUGGUAAAGAGAAACGAUGGGUAGCCUUAUUCACGUGUUUGACAGUAAGAGCGAUACAUCUUGAAAUCGUGAAGGACCUUUCGGCAGAAGAAUGUCUCCUAGCCUUGCGACGAUUUAUAGCUGCUAGAAACAAGCCACAACGAAUGUACUCGGAUAAUGCGACUUGUUUUAAGUUAGUCGCUGAAAUGGUACAACAGCCAUACUGCAUUAAGAAUGACAUCCAGUGGAAAUUCAUAUGUCAACUAGCACCGUGGCAUGGAGGGUUUUACGAGCGGCUAGUGGCCUUGGUGAAGCAUUGCCUUAAAAGAACCCUAGAAAAACACCUUCUCAAUGAUACCAGGCUACUGACAGUGAUAAAGGAAGUGGAAACAGUACUGAAUUCAAGACCACUGGCAAGAGUUGGUACAGAAGUGGAACAUGUCCUCUGCCCGGCAGAUUUCAUAAGCCUAGGACAAUGUUUGACCAUGAGACCAUCUGCCGUGGAUAUUCCGACUUGUAACACUGCUACAAAGAGCGACCUGUUUGAGAGCUGGAAGAGAGGAUGCAAUAUCCUAGAAGAAUUUAAGAGGAUGUUCGUCAAGCAGUAUCUUGCUAGCCUGAGAGAAAGGUACAACAACUCUCCCAAGCAGCCUAGAGUUAAAUCUCAUCGAUCACCACAAGUAGGCGACCUUGUACAGGUUAAAUCGGACCUCAAGAACAGAAACCUCUGGAAAGUGGGGAAGAUCCACGAGCUGAUCAGGGGAAGUGAUGGUGAAUGUAGAGUAGCGAGGGUCAAGGUUGACGAUUCUUCCUUGACACGUUCCAUUGGCCAUCUCUACCCGCUGGAGGUAGAUGACGAGACGCCUGUGGUAGAACCGGUAGCGGCAGACGCGACUGAGAUGGAAGAGGACAGCGGGGAGUUGGAUGCUCCAAACAGUUCAAAUCCUCAUACACCUGCACUUGAUGAACGGCCGGAUGUCGACGUGGAUACUCUGGCUGGAUGUGACAUGACCAGUAACAAUGAAGUACCACCACCACCAGAGGAGCAGCCAGAAGAAAGAGGCGUUGGCAGAAUCAAGCGGAUCGCAGCCAUUCGCGCCAGGGAUAAAAUCCUGGAGUGGACGCGACACCUGCUUGCCUUGCUACAGUAA